UCUGGAGCAGUCAUGGCGGCGCUGUGUCGGACCCGUGCCGUGACUGCCAAGAGUCAUUUCUUGCGCAUAUUCCUCUUUUCCCGGCCCUGCCGAGGCGCGGGCACCGAGAAUGGCUCCGGGAGCGAGAGUCCCGAGUCCACGGAGUCUAGAGCGCGUCCAGGCGGCCUGGCGAGCGCUCUGGAGCGGCACUCAGAGCUGCAGCGUAAGGCGGAGCUCGGCGGGACGCGGGGCUCUCUGAAAAGUGUGGAAUCCUUUGCGUCUAUGCUGAGACAUUCUCCUCUUACCCAGAUGGGACCUGCCAAAGAUAAAGUGGUCAUUGGACGAAUCUUUCAUAUUGUGGAGAAGGAUCUUUAUAUAGAUUUUGGCGGCAAGUUUCAUUGUGUGUGUAAAAGACCAGAAGUGGAUGGAGAGAAAUACCAACUAGGAACCAGAGUCCGGCUGCGGCUAUUAGAUCUUGAACUCACGUCUAGGUUCCUGGGAGCAACAACAGACACAACUAUACUAGAGGCUGAUGCAGUUCUCUUAGGACUCCAGGAGAGUAGAGACCACAAAUCCAAAGAGGAGCAUCAUGAGAAAUGAAUGAACUCUGCUUAGUGUAUUUGCUUCUUCUUUGUAUCACCCAGAUGGUCAUCAAGGAUACAAUGAGAAAACUGUGAUAAAAUGAUUGAAAGAAGACAUAAUGAAAGUUAUAAUUAUA